GCAGCAUCUACUGCUUCACACAAACGCACCGAAGAAGAAGAACAGGAACCAGGAAGAAGGAGACUGUUGAUGGUGACAGAUCUCAGAUUCUAUGCUCCGACUAAGGACCCCUGAGGAAGAAAAACGGAGUUGUGAAAUUUCCCAGCUGAGACAGGCUGUGUUACAAAACAAUGACAGACUCCUUGAUGAGAUGCUCUGCCAAGAAAUCUACAAGAAAGUCAUCAACUGCAGAGGUGGCUGGGGCAUUGCAGGCACACCCCUGCAUGCCGCUGUGUCUAAAGGCCACCUCGGCUGUCUGCAGGUCCUUCUAGCUCACGGUGCCCUUGUGGACUGCGUGGACGUGAAGGCCCAGACGCCUCUGUUCGCAGCCGUUCGAGGGAAAUAUCUGGACUGUGUGUUAAGUCUCCUCAAAGCUGGUGCCAACCCCAAUGGGAGCUCAUCCAACAACUGCUCCCCGGUCCUGACUGCUGCACGGGAGGGUGAUGUGGAGAUACUAAAGCAACUACUUAAACAUGGCGCUGAGGUGAACUCCCGCUCCAAAGUCUUACUGUGGACCUCCAGUGCCAGAGUGUCCAGCGGGCCGCUUUACUUGGCUGCUGUUUAUGGACACAUGGAGUGCUUCAAACUGCUGCUCCUGUACGGGGCAGACCCAGACUACAACUGCACAGAUGCCAAGCUGCUGAGCUCUGACAAGCAACCCAAAACUGUGCUGGAGAUGUGCCUCAGGCACGGCUGUGGCGUGGAGUACAUCCAGCUUCUGAUCGACUUCGGCGCAAACGUCUACCUCCCCACGCUGAUCAUCGAAAAGUCGACGAAGCAGAACGAGGCUGUGGAGCUGCUCCUGCGAGAAAGAGGAAAUCCGAAAGCCUUGACCUCACAGUGCCGACUGGCUGUGCGAAGACACCUCAGAAAGAUCAACAAGAUCCACUGCAUCGACCAGCUGGAAAUGCCAACAAGUCUCAUCAACUUCUUGCAACACAAACCAGCCGCAGUCACUGUUCUGUAGAUAAUGAAGGGUAAUUUAUUAUGUUACUUUUUUCUCAUUUUAGCUUAAGCUUUUAUUUGCAGACUCUUGACCCCCUUUGUCCUUUUUUCUAAAUGCUUCUGUCAGUUAAAAAAUAAAUGUGUG